AUGGACGACUUGGCGCUGCUGGAGCUGCUGGAGUGCCCCGUGUGCUUUGAGAAGCUCGACGGCAGCGCCAAGGUGCUGCCAUGCCAGCACACCUUCUGCAAGCCCUGUCUGCAGAGGAUCCUCAAGUGCCAGAAGGAGCUCCGGUGCCCCGAGUGCCGCACGCUGGUGCUCUGCAGCAUUGAGCAGCUGCCAUCCAACCUGCUGCUCAUCCGCCUGCUGGACGGCACCCGCUGCGCGCAGAAUGGCACCAGGUUCGGCUCCAUGCAGCGGGCCGGCCUCCUGGCCUCCCCGGCCUCCAUCCGCAGAGUCCCCAGAGGGCUACAGCUCCACCAGUACCGGCUGGCACCAAGUCCCAGGAUGCACAUGGAAGGGGUUCCACGAGCCAAGGCCCUGUACAGCUACCGUGGGCACAAUCCUGGGGAACUGAGAUUCAAUAAAGGAGACAUCAUCAUGUUGCUGCGACAGCUGGAUGAAAACUGGUAUUUGGGUGAGAUCAAUGGUAUCAGCGGGGUUUUUCCAGCCAGCUCCGUACAAGUCAUCAAGCAUCUGCCGCUGCCACCACCCCUCUGUAGAGCACUUUAUAACUUCGACCUAAGAAGCAGGGACAAAAAUGAAAACAAAGACUGCCUGACAUUUCAUAAGGGUGAUAUCAUCACCGUCAUCAGCAGAGUUGAUGAAAACUGGGCAGAGGGCAAGUUAGGCGACAAAGUAGGGAUCUUCCCCAUCUUGUUUGUGGAGCCAAAUUCUACUGCAAGAAAACUCCUGCAGACAAGCAAAAGCCAUCAGUCCCCUCAGUUUAAGUGUGCAUCACCUUUAAGAACAUCAGCCACCAAGUCAAAAGGCGCAGAUUCACCGGCUUUCCACAAGGUAUCAGACUCGAGAAGGAAGAGCCUGAGACAAUUCUCAAUCACAACUGCCUUAAACACGCUCAACAGGAUGGUCCAUUCCCCCACCGACCGGCACACCUUGGAAAUCAGCUCUCCUGUGCUCAUCAGCUCCAGCAACCCCACCGUGGUGACCCAGAGCAGCGAGAAAGGGGAGCUUCCUUAUGGCAUGCCUGUGCAGGUCAGUGCAUCUUACUAUCCUGCACCAGGAUCUUUGGGGCAUUCAGCAGCCAUUGUCACCCUUCCCCAUCUGCAGCAUCACAUAUCAGCUAAUAUGUGUGUGGCUCUCCACUCCUAUACGGCUCAUGGACCAGACGAACUGGAGCUGCAGAAAGGAGAAGGGGUCCGCAUCUUUGGGAAAUACCAUGAUGGCUGGCUCCGGGGAAUGUCACUUGUCACAGGAAGAGUGGGGAUCUUCCCUAGCAACUAUGUUGCUCCCCUUUUCAGGAAACCUAAUCUCUGCGACUCGAAGAUGCCAUCCCUGUAUGCCUCAUGGACACUGUCGACCUCCUCGCUCUCCUCUCAGGGAAGCCUCUCAGAAAGCGGCCCAAGACAAAGCAGGUCUUUGAAACCAGUGCUGCUGCCCGUACCCGUGCCCUCGCCAGGCAGGAACACGGCUCUGCUGACCCCCUCGGGACAGGCAUCCCUGCGGCGUGGACGGGGCAGCGCCAGGAAGAAUGGAUCCCUGCAGAGACCCGGGCAGCCGGGAACCCCUGUUCACGCUGCCGGCUCCCUCAGGCGCCUUCCUAGCACCACGGUGCGGCCUCAGCAGUUCCAGCUUUAUCAGCACCUCAGCCCUCCAGGAGCUGGCACAACUGAUGCAGGAACAAGGCCAAACUUCUCCCAUGAUGCUUCACCAGCGCUUGUGGUUAGAGGAGGGGAAAGCAAAACUCCUUCCGUAUGUAGUUCCAUGAUCCUGGAUGCCAGGGAUCUCCCAGCAAAAAGUGAGACUGCUCCAAAGCCACCCGCAUCAGCUCCACCGUCCAUCCUGGUGAAGCCAGACACUUCCCGGAACAGCACUGAAAAGGAAAACAUCCUGCUUCUCUCCAGCCCCGUGCACCAGCGGAGCGCGUCCCACCCCAGGGCGUCAUCGCUGGACCUUUCCAGCCAGGCAGGACAGCUGACCUUCCCUCUGAAAAAGAGCUACAGCAGCAUUUCUGCAAACUGACAGGUUA